AAAGAUGCCUAAAACUGCUGUAGUAAGGAGCUUCCUAGUUAUACACAGCCUUGAGGUCAGUGCCAGUAUCACAUGUAUCAGUUCCCGGCGCAUGUGAAGUAGAUCUCAAAUACACUGUCUAAGAGCUGCGUGUCAAACAACUUUGACUUCCAGCAUUGAUUUCGGUGACUUUACCUCGUCCUUUUUUCCGUUUGAGACAUUAUUUAUUUUGUUAACAUUAAGUUGAAAUAAAAUGACUGAGCAAUCGGCCCUGCUUCUGCGAAAACAGCUAGCAGAGCUCAACAAAAACCCAGUGGAAGGUUUUUCUGCUGGUCUGAUUGAUGAUGAGGAUAUCUAUCAGUGGGAGGUUGUCGUGAUUGGCCCUCAAGACACAUUGUUCGAAGGUGGAUUUUUUAAGGCGCAUCUCAUCUUCCCUCAUGAUUACCCACUUCGGCCUCCUAAGAUGAAGUUUAUUACUGAGAUUUGGCAUCCUAAUGUUGCGAAGAACGGAGAUGUGUGCAUUUCAAUCCUACAUGAGCCAGGAGAGGACAAAUUUGGCUAUGAGAAACCCGAGGAGCGUUGGCUGCCCAUCCACACUGUAGAGACCAUCAUGAUUAGUGUGAUCUCCAUGUUAGCUGACCCCAAUGGGGACUCGCCAGCCAAUGUGGAUGCAGCUAAAGAAUGGAGAGAGGAUCCCAACGGCGAGUUCAAGAGGAAAGUCGCCCGCUGUGUGAGGAAAAGCCAAGAGAUGGCAUUCGACUAGAUGCCCCAUCAUGGUUACAUUUGUUAGUACAUAUACUCUCAGUUCCCAUCUCCAUAUCUUGAGGUCAAAGACAGACAUUUCGGUUUCAGGAUUUAUUUCUGCAUUGAUUUUAAAAACCCAUUACGAGCUCAUAUCAAUUUAAUAGGUUUUUGUGUGACAAUGCUUUAUCGCCUAAAUUGAAUUCUAACCAGCCCCCCCUAGAUAUGCCAGUUACAAACCUUAAUAGGGGAUCACCUUAAUUUUAUUCACCAGUUAUUUGGGGUUGCACCAGUUAUAUCAGAGAUAUCAGAGCAAAGCCUCCGUUGGGUAAUUCUUUUUUUCUUUUUAUCUGAAUGUGUGAGUUAUAGCACGUUUUGUUAAUGCCGAUUUUCCCCCCACCCUCUAGUGUGUCUGAAUUAUUUAUUAUCUUAAUUAUGAUAAAAUGUACUGCAUGACACUUGUGUUUUGACGCUUUUUUAAUCUGCCACUGAGCCAUCAAUUUUGAACAGUUUUUAUGCAAUUCUGGCGUGUUUUGUGAGUUUAUGGUACUAGUAGAGGCUGAUGGUCAGAAUCGAUGCUGAUUUCCCCUCCUUACUGACAUGUCGGGACAGCCCUAUUCCCUUAAAAAAACGACAAAACAAUACCACAGAUGUCUCUUAAAGGGCCAUCUCUUUCUCUGCUGCCUUAAGUUGUUCUCCUGUCAAAAAGGAAAAUUGUAUUCAGUGAUGUCAAGUCCGUCUCAAUGUCUAUUCACUUUUUGAGCUGGAAUCCUCUUUUGGACAAACCAAAAAGUUACAUAUUUGCAUGAGACAGAGAAUAUUUUUUGUAUAAAUGGUAAGCUCAAAAGCUGUAUUUUUUGUGUAUGUAAAUAUGAUGUAUUGUACCAUAGCUCUAUCAGUCAUUUGUUUGUGAUACCCCACCCCACCCGUAGUUUUGUAUCUCAUUUAUGACUGUAUCCUGUUCACUCUUCUGUUCCCGAAGGCCCCAUCAUGUAAUUGCUCAUUAAAAUGUAGCAUUUGUAUUACAUAUCUACCGUUUGUCCUUAUGUUUUAUUCAGUCUUGUCUUUGUCCUGUUGUUUAUGUCUUACUGUAUGUCAGUCAUGUAAAAAGCAGUUACCUCAAUAACUUCUAAGGGUGCAAAAGUUUCUUGGCAACACAUCUUGUCAGUGAUAUUUGUUUGGUCUUGUAUACUAAUGCAAAUUUAACUGUAUUGUUCAAAAGACAGAAAACAAUGUUAAGCAAUAAGUUCUACAUUUUCAGUCAUGUUGAUUUGAUUCAGUGGUGUGAAAUUCCACAGCUUUACUCCAGUUUGUAUGGUCCUUGGUGGCAUAUUGAUUUUUGAGCACUAUAUGAAUGUCAUUAUCAUUUGUUCUUUAAUAAGUUCAGAUAAAUAAAACCAUUAUUAUGAACUCA